AUCUCCUCUGAGCAGAUGGAUUCGAAGUCGAGUGCAGCAGAACAGAGGCGCGUUAGUGGUGCGUUGCUCACGCUGACGUGGCUCCGCGAGCGAGAUUAUUCAACAACGCGUGGCUUACAAAGUGGGGAUACCCCGAGACGGAGGCAAUGUUGGAAUACUCUUAAUCUACAAAGCAAUAUUGGACGUGACGGUGAACGUAUAAUUAAAUGUUAAGGAUGACUGGCACCACAGGAAGUAACUUCCGAGCUGGAUUGACUUCAAAAGGAUGCCCUGCGGUUUAAGCUUAGCCGUCUUCCUCGUCUGGGCCGCGUUCCACCAACACACCGCCGGUCAACCCUGCCUGUGCUCAGGCCUCCGGCCUGCAGGUCUGCAGGUCAACUGCAGCUCUUUAAACCUCGCUGACCUCCCUCACCUGCCGCCGGACACCACGGAGCUCCACGUGCGGGACAACCGGCUCACGUCGGUGUCUCCGGGCCUCUUCGACCGACUGGUGGUCCUGAAGAAGGUCUCGCUGUCCGGGAAUCCGUUCCACUGCGACUGCGGGAUCCAAUACCUGAGGAACUGGCUGCUGAAGAACAAGGCCCUCGUCACCACGGAGCCCACCUGCGCCAGUCCGGGCUCCGUGGCCCGGAGGGCCGUCGCCGACCUCGGCGACGGCCACUUCGCCUCCUGUGCGCUGGCGGGCUGCGCUGGCGGGACGUACAGCACUGUGGUGGGGGGGAUGGUGUGCUGCCUGGUUGUUCUGCUCCUGUGGAGCUUGAGACUAGCCAAGAGAACUACGUUCACGCUGGAGAUACACGAGAGACAUUCGGGCUUCGAGGCCGACUCCCUGCGCUCGCUGCCCAGGCACCGGAGGAGGCUGCGCACGGAGCACACAGAGGUCACCAUGGAGUCUGCAGAGGGCUUAGAAGAGCAGCUUGUCCACGUGGAGUUACUGCCACAAGUGCUGGACGCGCACAAGAAGCACAAUAUAAAGAUAAAGGCAAACUAAGCGACCUGCUGCAGUGGAAUUACAACAACACUACAGGUGGAAAAGUACAUCAAGUAAUAAAGUUCAUCGGCUAAAGUCAUGUUAGCUUAUGUUAGCUCAUGUUAGCUUAUGUUAAUCUGUGAAAUGUAAUUCAUUUCAUUCAUUUAAUGUAACAUACAGAUACAUUGACAUUAGAAAAUAUAAGAGGCUAUGCAAGGUGUUGGUACGAUAUCCAAACAAUAAUAUUUAACUGGACUGGCUAAAAACUCAAUUCAAGACAUUUUAAAAUCCUCACAAAGUUGAAGUGGCUGUUUUGACAUUUAAUAUUCAUACUGAUACAUUAAUGUAAUUUAAUUGGACAAAAAUAUUUAAAAUAUCCAGAUUAAAAAAAUGUUCCUAUUGAAUAUUCUCAUUCAAAGGUUUUUUGAUCCAGAAUUUCCAUUCUGUAGGAAGUAGGAAUUUUACUUUAAUUAUUGUUAUAGUUAUGCAAAACAUUAAACAAAACUUCAGUAAAACCAAAAAUCAACUAAUAACGUAUUCCCCUCAUAUUUAAGGGGCAUUUGUUUAACUUUAAAUGACACAGGUAACAUAUGUCGUAUGACCAUAUCAAACAUACAAUAAUAUGUCGAUAUUUUUA